UAACAACAUAUUUAUUUAGUAUUGCUUGAAGAAUAAUCUAGAAAUAUAAAUAACUUGUUACGGAACUGAAUGAAAGAGAAAUACAAGUAUAUUGUCAGCGCAGUCUGCUUUGUGUUGUUGCUUGGUAACGCUGAAGGGUUCACAACAUGUGACGACUGUUUGUGUGAUGACCCUAUGAAGAGUAAAUGUGAAGGAUUGUGUAACACUGCUGGUCUCCACUGGACUGGUACUGCGUGUGAGAGCUGCCCCACUGGACACUAUUGUACUGGAGAUUCGGUAGCAGUUCCGUGCCCUGCUGGUAGUUAUCGUGAAACACGUGGUGGUCAAUCUUCUAAUGAUUGCGUGGACUGUCCCGAGGGAAAGAUCUCAAGUGCAGGAGCAACUAGUUGCACCUCUUGCGAUGCUGGGACCUACACUAGUAGCACAGGUGGAACCUUAUGUGAACUCUGUCCUGAUGGUUACUCUUGUUCGGAGAAUGUCCCGGUUAUCUGUUCUGCUGGUGAUUACUCCCACGGUGGGUAUUGUAUCACGUGUCCUGAUGGUAAAUACUCUGGUUCACAAGGUGCUAGCACGUGUCUCCCAUGUGAUGAAGGUUACAAAUGUGUUGGAGGGGCGAGGACUAUCUGUGAAGCUGGUUCCUAUGCUCCUUUAGAGAGCGCUGCUUGUCAACUGUGUCCAGAUGGUAGAUACACUGAAUCACAAGGUUCUAGCACGUGUCUCCCAUGUGAUGAAGGUUACAAGUGUGUUGGAGGGACGAGAACUAUCUGUGAAGCUGGUUCCUAUUCUCCUCUGGAGAGUGCUGCUUGUCAUAUUUGUCCGGACGGUAGAUACACUGAAUCACAAGGUCAGAAUACAUGUACAAGAUGUGAAGCAGGUAGCAAAUGUAGUGGAGGUAUAAAAACAGAGUGUACCCCGGGAACCUACGCUCCAGAAGGGAGUGGUGUCUGUUUCCCGUGCGAGGCAGGAACCCUGGCCCCCUCCCCUGGCACUACCACGUGUGAGGAAUGUGAGGAAGGUCACAUGUGUAACACUACCACCUCCACCCCCUGUAGUGCGGGCCACUACGCUCCUGGAAGAAGUACCACGUGUUUAGAGUGUCCGGGAGGAAGUUACAGUCCGUCCAGUGGGGCUGUGUCCUGUUUGGGGUGUCCGGGAGGGUACGAGUGUACUGAGUCAGAGAAGAUAGUGUGUGGGGAGGGGUAUUUCUCUCCGGAGUUCAGUUCUCAGUGUUCUCUUUGUUUGGACGGAACUUAUUCUAACGAAACUGGUCAGAGCACGUGUACAAGCUGUGAGGCAGGUAGCAAAUGUAGUGGAGGUAUAAAAACAGAGUGUACCCCGGGAACCUACGCUCCAGAAGGGAGUGGUGUCUGUUUCCCGUGCGAGGCAGGAACCCUGGCCCCCUCCCCUGGCACUACCACGUGUGAGGAAUGUGAGGAAGGUCACAUGUGUAACACUACCACCUCCACCCCCUGUAGUGCGGGCCACUACGCUCCUGGAAGAAGUACCACGUGUUUAGAGUGUCCGGGAGGAAGUUACAGUCCGUCCAGUGGGGCUGUGUCCUGUUUGGGGUGUCCGGGAGGGUACGAGUGUACUGAGUCAGAGAAGAUAGUUUGUGGGGAGGGGUAUUUCUCUCCUCAGUUCAGUUCUCAGUGUUCUCUUUGUUUGGACGGAACUUACUCUAACGAAACUGGUCAGAAUACAUGUACCAGAUGUGACGCAGGUAGCAAAUGUAGUGGAGGGAUAAAAACAGAGUGUACCUCGGGAACCUACGCUCCAGAAGGGAGUGGUGUCUGUUUCCCGUGCGAGGCAGGAACCCUGGCCCCCUCCCCUGGCACUACCACGUGUGAGGAAUGUGAGGAAGGUCACAUGUGUAACACUACCACCUCCACCCCCUGUAGUGCGGGCCACUACGCUCCUGGAAGAAGUACCACGUGUUUAGAGUGUCCGGGAGGAAGUUACAGUCCGUCCAGUGGGGCUGUGUCCUGUUUGGGGUGUCCGGGAGGGUACGAGUGUACUGAGUCAGAGAAGAUAGUUUGUGGGGAGGGGUAUUUCUCUCCGCAGUUCAGUUCUCAGUGUUCUCUUUGUUUGGACGGAACUUACUCUAACGAAACUGGUCAGAGCACGUGUACAAGCUGUGAGGCAGGUAGCAAAUGUAGUGGAGGUAUAAAAACAGAGUGUACCCCGGGAACCUACGCUCCAGAAGGGAGUGGUGUCUGUUUCCCGUGCGAGGCAGGAACCCUGGCCCCCUCCCCUGGCACUACCACGUGUGAGGAAUGUGAGGAAGGUCACAUGUGUAACACUACCACCUCCACCCCCUGUAGUGCGGGCCACUACGCUCCUGGAAGAAGUACCACGUGUUUAGAGUGUCCGGGAGGAAGUUACAGUCCGUCCAGUGGGGCUGUGUCCUGUUUGGGGUGUCCGGGAGGGUACGAGUGUACUGAGUCAGAGAAGAUAGUGUGUGGGGAGGGGUAUUUCUCUCCGGAGUUCAGUUCUCAGUGUUCUCUUUGUUUGGACGGAACUUACUCUAACGAAACUGGUUCUAGCACGUGUCUCCCAUGUGAUGAAGGUUACAAGUGUGUAGGAGGGGCGAGAACUAUCUGUGAACCUGGUUCCUUUGCUCUACAGGGAAGUGCUUCUUGUCAACUGUGUCCCUAUGGUACCUCCAACAACGUUUCAGCCUCUCCCGAUUGUUCUGACUGUCCUGAUUUCAACUCGCUACUGGGAUCUUGUAUGUGUCCUGACGGGACAUUCACCAACUCACCUGAUUCUACACCUCCAGGCCAAGUAUCCUGUCAGUCCUGUACAGCCGGGUACAAAUGUCAGAACGGAGGGAUCACCAAAUGUCCCAAAGGAACGUUCAGCGGAGAAGGAGCUAAAACAUGUAGUUCUUGUGAUCCUGGAUACUACGCUGACCAGAAAGGUUCCUCCACCUGUACACCAUGCGACGGAGGCUACAAGUGCAGCAAGACAAGUAAGACAGUCUGCAGUGCUACCACCUACUCACCCGAGGGAGAGACACUCUGUUUGACCUGUCCUGGAGGGUUCGAGUGUCCUGACCCCGAGAUGGAGGCCCCGGCAGAGUGUGCCAGUGGAGAAUACGCUUCUGCAGGAUCCUCUUCAUGUUCUAUGUGUGCUAAAGGGCAUUACUGUAACAAGGCUGGACUCGAGAACCCUUAUCCUUGUCCCUCUGGAUAUUAUUCUAAUACGAGAGGCAGAGAAAACUGCAAGAUAUGUCCAGUAAACUCUCAGUGUAGCGACCCAGCUGUUGCCCCAGUAGCUUGUCCGGACGGUCAGUACUCUCCUCGAGCUUCUAUCGUCUGUUUGAUAUGUCCUGCGGGUUCAGUAUGUGAUGGAGGUGUCGCCACACGAUGUAACUCAGGGGAGUACCAAGAGGGUAGUUCCUGUAAGUCCUGUACUGAGGGACACUACUGCCCUCACCCUUCUAUUGGACAGAUACCUUGUCCUAGUGGAUAUUAUCAGACUGCUACAGGAGCCACUACCUGUAAUUCCUGUCCAGUGGGUUAUUUCUGCCCAGACAAAGAUCAGGAGGAAGUUAUCUGUCCUAUGGGAUCCUUUAGUGACGGAGCCUUGGAAGCUUGUCAGGCAUGCAGUGCCGGUUACUACACCUCAUCAUCUGGAGCAGGGUUCUGUGAAUCCUGUCCAGCUGGACAGAGUUGUGUGGACAAGACAUCAGCUCCAGUGGACUGUAGUAAGGGUAGCUACAGUGGAGAUGGACAGGAUGCUUGUUUAGUCUGUCCUGUAGGGUCCUACAGUUCAGCCGCUAAACAGAGCUCCUGUGUUCCCUGUCCUGGUGGGUUCCCUUGCUCUAGCGGGGUCAGAGGCACAGCGUGUACUACAGGAACCUACAGUCCUGAAGGUGAUGAUGUGUGCCACGAGUGCCCAGCCGGGAGCAAGUGUCCCACUGCUGGAAUGGAACACCCCCUUCCUUGUGCUUCAAAUGAGUACGCGGCUGGUGAGGGUAACACUGAGUGUACUGAUUGUCCUGUAGGUCACCACUGUUCCUCUACUACACUCAACCCUACACCUUGUGACGCUGACGAAUACGAGAAGGAUGGUAGAUGUGCGGGGUGUCCGGCUGGUCAGAGUUGUAGUAACGGUAACAACCCGGCUGACUGCGCGGCGGGAACAUACUCUACACGUGGCAUGAUGAACUGUGAACAGUGCCCAGGUGGAAACAGUUGUCCAUCAACCACCAGCACACCAAUACCCUGCUACUCUGGGUUCUACGCCCCUGUUGGAGAAACUUCUUGUACAGUCUGCCCUGCAGGAAGGAGUUGUAGCUUAACAGGAGCUGGUUCUGUCUGUACUGCAGGGAACUACUCUCCACAGGGCGUGUUUGAGUGUCUUACUUGUCCGGCUGGAUCAGCUUGUCCUAAUCCUCAGACCCUGCCCGAACCGUGCCCACAAGGAUCCUACGCUGAGAAGGGCUCUGUGGAGUGUACAAAGUGUCCUGCUGGGAAAUACUGUCCCUCUACCAUCUCCCCAACAGAAACUACCUGUCCUACUGGUUAG